AUGUUUGCAAGGCGUCCUACCCUCCUGUACCCUAAGCAGGCACCAUGUCUUUCGAGAAAGGUGUUCAAUCUCUCCAAGGCCAUCAAAUCGUUAGAAUCGAAAGGCUCAUCUUCCAGUGCACAAACAUACACAAUCAUAAAGAAGUUUAAUCAUCCGCAGCCAUUAAUCUAUGAACUGGUGUCACGGGUAGAUUUGUACCAUGAGUUCAUUCCGUACUGUACGUCCUCCUUUAUCACAGAACGGAGUCCAAUAACGAACGAACCUACUAUUGCGGGGUUGAGAGUAGGAUUCCAGGCAUUUGAUGAAGAGUUCUCGUGUGAUUUACAAUGUGAAAGGCCCAAACUAGUUAUUGCAAAGUCAAUCACUCACUCUCUGUUCCAGUUUCUAGAAACGGAGUGGGAAAUCAAGGCUGUAGAUAAGAACCAAAGCGUUGCCACGCUUAACCUCAAGUACGAAUUCAAAAGCCAACUGUACAAUAAGGUGAGUUCACUUUUUGCCAAAAAAGUAGCCAGUCUGAUGACCAAGGCUUUUGAGAAACGUGCAUUCGAAGUAUCAAGAGAUGUUAAUGAAAUGGAUAAAUACACAACAUUUAUAGAGAAAUAA